AUGGGACACCAAGAGAAGGAACAAGUCAUAGAAAUGAACAACAACAAUUCAGAGAUUUGGGUCAUCGCCGGAAUCUCCUUGAGAGCUCCUCUGAGGCCCAUGAAGGCGAAAGCUGUCGAGAAACGCGACGAGGAUCGUGUUCCAGCAACACCCGUGAAGAAUUCAAGGAAGUCGGUUUGCCCACCGGCUCCAAAGAAGGCAAAGCCUUCUCUCGUGUGUAGACUAGAUGAGGUUCAGUUCUUUAGCGUGCCGGAGGAUUUGGCGUCGGUGUUUGUUCCGCAAGGGGAGAGAGCAAAGUGA